AUGAGUUUUGCUUAAUCAUCCACUGGAUAACCAACGCCUUAAGCUUUAAUGAGCAUUUGGAGAAGUUAAGAAUCUGAUCCUCCUUACUUUAGUAUUUGAAAUUUAUCAUCUAUAGUAAAUUUUCAAAAUUCUUUAAAAUAUCCAAGAGAUGAGAAAUUUACUGAGAUGAUAACUUAUACUUGCCUUCCAACAUUUAAAUUAUAAAGUAUGACUACAAUACUCAUCAUAUUCAAUUCAUUUUACUUUAUCAUACUUAUAAUAAGUGGAGAUAUUAAAGAUGGUGGAUAAUUUCUCGAACCUAAUUAAAAUGUUUAAAUUAUUAGUUUUAUUUAUAGUCUUUAUAUUCUUUAGGUAUGCUCUAUCCAUACAGAGUUAAAUAUGAAUAGGAGAUUUAACGAUUAUUUUUAAGUCUCUUAUUGUAUUCCAAUUUCAUCAAUUAUUUUUCUUGUUAAGUGGCUGUUGCAAUAUAUGGAUCUUAUGUGGAAAAAUUGUUAGGAUGGAAGAAAUUGUGGAUGAUAAGUGUAUUUGGUGGAUUUGGAGGAACAUUAUUAAGCUGUUGUUACACAUCGAAAUUGCAUAUUAAUGGAGUUUUGGUUCCUUCAACUUUUAAUGGAGUUCUUUUUGGAUACACUUUAUUAAAAUGGGAUAAAUGGAGUUAUUCAGGUUCUGGAAGAUAUUAAAUGGUUGGAGUAAUCAUUUUUGGAUUAAUAAUUUUCUUUUGGUAAGCAUGGUAUUGGGAAAUUAUAGAUUAAAUUGGAAUAUUAGGUUCUUAUUUAUAUGGAACCUUAUUAGCAUUUGCAUUUUCUAAAUAAUUGAUGAAAGUGUAUUAAUUAUUUUCUACUUUUAGAGAUUAUGAUACUGAUUUAAAAUGUGUAUAAAUUUCAUCCAUUAUUUUGAUUCUUGUUAUUUUAGGAUGCGAAAUAUUUUAUUUCUUUUGGAUAUCUUAACCUUUGAGGUUAGAAAUUUGA